GUGUGCGUAUCUCACUCUGCUUCUCCAUCCCCGUCUCCCUGUCUCUAUCUGAGUGUAUGCAUCUGUGUGAAAGAGGGGGGAAAAGAAUACAUCAGUUUAGCAUGGACAUGCCGCUCUAACAAGGAGAAGAGGAGGAGAGAGUGAGUAGAAGGGAAAGAGAAAACAGCAGAAUGACAAGGGACAUUUAAACUGCUCACAUAUUCCAUCCAGAAGCAGUGGAUCUGGUGACGAGCUGGGAAGGGACAGACCUGUGCAGAUGUAACAUGCAUUGCAGGUUCAAUCCUCUACAACAGCCCAUGACACAAACAGAAGAUUUACACUGGAUAAGGGCUUAUUCGUUUCUCUUUUUCUAUUUUUCCCCCCUAUGUCACUACUUAUUUUGCCCCUAUAGGAGUACAACAAAUGAAAGAUUAUUUUUGCAUCUACUCAACGCUGUUUAACUUUGUAUGCAACAUGUGUAAUUUGGUCCUAUUACCUUGAUAGAUUCCAAACAACCUUGGGUGCAUAGAGGAAGGGAGCAAGAAAACUGGAUUGGAGGCAAACUCCGGGCAAGGCAGAGGAAGAAAAAAGGGGGAGUGUAAAAAUAUAACCUCCAGCUGCUUAUCAGCAGGAAAAAGACCACCCCUCUGUGAUUUUGGAGCACUAUACUCUGAGAAGGGGCCAGAUUUUUGUCUGGUGCAGAAGCGUGUUCUGAUUUUCUCGUGUUCAUUUUGUGUUGCUGCCUGUCACUGCAUGACAUCAAUGGAACUGACACAAGGAUGUACUAAGAGAGGCUUAAGGCUGUUCUGGCAGGUCCUGGCUCAACACCAGCUGCCUCUGUCCCUACUGGUUUUGGAAACGGUGCAAUGAGAAGUACACAGACGUUACUUUCCACAAACAAGUCAAACAAAACAAUUUGGAGAGGAAGGGAAAGAAAACGGAGUGGAUGCCAAAACCCUUCAAGAUGUGUAUUCCACCAGCUGUGAACAUUGCCAUUGUGCCCUCCGCUGCUAGGAUGCUAUUUUUCAUGGCCCUGGCAUGUGCCAGCCCAUUUCUAGAAUUUCGAGAGGAGAUCCCAAGAUCCCUUAAUGUGGCCAUAAUAUUUAGCGGCACAUCGUAUCCACCAGAGAGUGCCCACUUUGCACCGGCAGCCUUCCGAAAUUUUACUAUGGAAGUGAAUCCAAUUUCAGUUAUACUUAAUGACACAAACCCUCGCAGCCUUAUCCUGCAGAUAUGUGAUGUUCUCUCCAGCCUGCGCAUCCACGGAGUAGUUUUUGAAGAUGACACCCGCACAGAGUCCGUGGCUCAGAUCCUUGACUUUAUUUCUGCACAAACAUCUAUGCCCAUCAUUGGCAUUAAUGGAGGAUCUGCAAUUGUGCUGACACCCAAGGAAAAAGGUUCGACCUUCCUACAAUUGGGUGCCUCCACAGAACAGCAACUUCAAGUAAUCUUUGAGGUGCUGGAGGAAUACGAUUGGACGGCCUUUGCGGUUAUUACCACUUUAUUCCCUGGUUACGAAGACUUUGUGGAUUACAUUGAGCUGCUAACGGACAGUAGUUUCAUUGGCUGGGAGAAUCGAGGCGUCCUUACUCUCAAUUUGACUGAUGAUCCCAGUGAGUCCAAGCUAAAGAGGCAAUUAAAAGAGAUAACAGUGCAGGUGCGACUACUAUACUGCUCUAAGGAUGAAGCUGAUGGUGUCUUCAAGGCAGCAAGAGAAGCUGGUUUAACUGGACCUGGUUACAUCUGGUUUAUGGUGGGAACCAACUUAGGUGGCACAGAUUACAUGCCUGAGCACUUGCCUGUUGGCCUUUUCACAGUUUUGUCUGCUGGAUGGAAAGAUGACCUUCACCGUAGAGUUCAAAAUGGAGUAGCUAUCAUUGCAAAAGGGGCUGAGGCCUUGUACAAGGAUUAUGGAUUCAUACCAGAAUUUAACAACGAUUGUAGAGCACCAAACCUUACCUAUGGAAAUGAAAACCUGCACAGAUAUUUCAUGAACAUCUCCUGGGGAGGAAAGGACUUCUCAUUUAAUGAAGAUGGGUAUCUCAUCAAUCCUGCGCUUGUGGUGAUUGCACUCAACAAGGAGAGGAGCUGGGAGGUGGUUGGAAUCUGGGAACAUGGUGACCUGCGCAUGAAGUACCCAGUGUGGUCACGUUAUGGGAAGUUUUUGCAGCCUGUAGAUGAUGAUCAGCACCUAACUGUGGCGACACUAGAGGAGCGACCAUUUGUAAUUGUGGAAGGAGUUGAUCCAGCAACUGGAACCUGCAUUAGAGACUCUGUUCCCUGCCGCAAGCAGCUCAACAAGACUGACAAUGCGAGAGGAAGCCAGUGGAGCAAUUGGCAGAAAAGGGCAGCAGAGGAGGAAAGCCAUAUGACAGACCCCAUUAUAUUUGUCAAGCAGUGCUGUAAAGGAUUCUGCAUCGAUAUCCUCAAACGCCUCGCAAAAACCAUUGGAUUUACUUAUGAUCUUUACCUUGUGACCAACGGCAAGCACGGGAAAAAGAUCGAGGGAGUAUGGAAUGGGAUGAUCGGAGAGGUGUUUUACCAGCGUGCUGAUAUGGCUAUCGGCUCUCUUACUAUAAAUGAGGAACGAUCUGAGAUUAUUGACUUUUCAGUCCCUUUUGUGGAAACAGGAAUCAGCGUGAUGGUAUCCAGAAGCAAUGGAACAGUGUCCCCAUCAGCAUUUUUAGAGCCGUACAGCCCUGCUGUCUGGGUCAUGAUGUUUGUCAUGUGUCUUACCGUGGUCGCUGUGACUGUUUUCAUCUUCGAGUAUUUCAGCCCUGUUGGAUAUAACCGAAGCCUCUCCACAGGCAAGCGUACAGGCGGUUCCAAGUUCACAAUUGGCAAGUCCAUCUGGCUGCUCUGGGCUUUGGUUUUUAACAACUCUGUUCCAGUCGAAAACCCGAAAGGCACCACAAGUAAAAUCAUGGUUCUCAUUUGGGCGUUCUUUGCAGUAAUAUUCCUAGCCAGCUACACUGCCAAUCUGGCUGCAUUUAUGAUUCAAGAGGAAUAUGUGGAUACUGUGUCUGGACUCAGCGAUAAAAAAUUUCAGAGGCCCCAUGAGCAGUACCCUCCUUUAAAGUUUGGCACAGUUCCCAAUGGGAGCACUGAGAAGAACAUCCGAAGUAAUUAUCCAGACAUGCAUUCCUACAUGAUUAAGUACAAUCAGAGACAUGUAGAGGAUGCCCUGCAAAAUCUAAAGACUGGGAAACUGGAUGCCUUUAUUUAUGAUGCAGCUGUGCUAAACUACAUGGCUCGAAAGGAUGAAGGGUGUAAGCUGGUGACUAUUGGCAGUGGAAAAGUAUUUGCCACCACUGGCUAUGGAAUCGCUCUGCAGAAAGGUUCUAAGUGGAAACGUUCUAUUGACCUAGCAUUACUACAAUUUCUCGGAGAUGAUGAGAUUGAGAUGCUGGAAAGGCUGUGGCUAUCAGGCAUUUGCCACAAUGACAAGAUUGAAGUAAUGAGCAGCAAGCUAGACAUCGACAAUAUGGCGGGUGUGUUCUAUAUGCUUCUUGUUGCUAUGGGUUUGAGUCUGCUGGUGUUUGCAUGGGAGCAUCUCAUAUAUUGGAAAUUACGUCACUGCAUGAGACAUACCGGGAGACUGGACUUCUUAAUGGCGUUUAGCAGGGGCAUGUACAGCUGCUGCAGUGGUGAAGAUCCAAAGGCUAUAAUAGACCAACAACUCCCUACCUUAAACCAUUGUUAUCCACCACAAAGAAUACCAGCCCUUUCAAAUUCUGUAGCCCCCCCACCACCACCAUCUGCUCCUUUACCAUGUUCUAACUUCUUGCCACGAGAAAGGCGUAUAGUAGAGAGAUGGAGACAUGCUCGGAGUCCUAACUGCUACAAAGAUAUGUAUACUCCGACUCGUGCUGUCCAUGACCCCAACAGCAAAGUGGCUCCUGCUCGUCAUCCUCAUAAGAACACAUUUUCUGAUGGCUUUCACAGAUAUUAUGGCCCUAUUGAACCUGAAGGACUGUCAGAUCAUUUAGUUGAAUCAGGGCAAGCAUUUAGCAAAGAAAAAAAGAUAUCACCAUGCCAAAUGUCACCACCAACUCAAAGAGAACACUUCCUGGAAAAUCCACCCUCCUAUUUUGCUAUUGUGAGAGAAAAAGAUGCUCCUGAACCACCAGGUUGGCAGUCAAAGAUUUCAAGAGGUCUUUAUGAAAACUACCAAUCAGGAAAGGAGAGGACUCCGAAGUCCACUGGAGGAGCACGUGGAAGUCGUACACCAGAAACAGCAGUGAAAAAAUUUGAUCACCUGGGAAGUAGUUACCAAUCAAAGGGUACAUGUGAAAUGGAAUGUGAUGUCUAUGGCACUGGAGGUCCAAAUGCCAGCUCAAACCGCCCCAACAAAUCUAGUGUAGAGGUGUGUGAUGGGCCCCAUUAUGGUGGCCACACAAGGUUUACAUAUGAAGAUGAGCGAGGCUGUGGAAGAGACUGCCAUCAUCAUCGAGAAGAGAUGGAAAUGGAGUCCCAGCCCUUACUCCACAAAAAGUCAAAUCGAUCACACAUGUGCCGGAGCCAUUCUCACCCUUUAGUUAUGGGCGUCAGUCAAAACAAAUAUGCUGACCUUUCAGAUUCUGAUUCAGAUGUGUGUGAGAGAGAGCCACCAUGUGUAAAAGCAGAAAUGGGCCAUAACUGUUGGUACUCUCCAAAUUACUUCUGCACAUACCCAUCUAGAGAACGUCAGACAUCAUCUGCACCUCGGAAGCCUAUGAGGUAUUGGUCAGUGGAUAAGCUAGGCAAAUAUCGUCAGUUAAGCAAGGAGUACCUUCCAGCCACAUGCCAUGGUUCUUGUUAUUGCAGUAGCUUAGAAAUGCUGCAACCUCACUGCCACAAGGAGCCAAGAUUCUUCAGCUGCUCAGAUGAAAAGCUUGAAAGGCGAUUGGACUGGGAGCAUUUACGUGGAGGUCAUUGCUCUUAUCUCCACCAUCAUCACUCUUGUGACUUAGCCCCCAUACAUCCCACCUCCCGUAGUUUGGAGGACCUAAGCCGAUGCCAUUUGAGGUGUCACAGACACAUCUUCUCACCAGAAUGCCAACCUAGGUCAAAUCAUAGUGGAACCCUUUAUAAAAGAAGGGGAUCUGCACAUUUCUCUAGUUUGGAGUCCGAGGUAUGACCAGUAGAGCACUCAAAUUAUUUCGAGACCACCAAUAUUUAGUGUUGGGAAAUGUACCGAUGUUCUAUAUAAGUUGAAACCAAAACUUUUAAUAAACUCAGCUAUAGUGGUGAAUGA